AUGGUCGCCCAAGUUCAAAAACCAGCUCCAGAAUUCAAAAAAACUGCCGUCGUUGAUGGUUUAUUCGAAGAAGUUUCUUUAGAAAAAUACACUUCUCAAGGUAAAUGGGUUGUUUUAGCUUUCAUUCCAUUAGCUUUCACUUUCGUUUGUCCAACUGAAAUCAUUGCUUACUCUGAAGCUGCUAAGAAAUUCUCUGAAAAAGGUGCUCAAGUUUUAUUCGCUUCAACUGAUUCAGAAUACUCAUUAUUAGCUUGGACUAACAUUGCUAGAAAAGAUGGUGGUUUAGGUCCAGUUGAUAUCCCAUUAGUUGCUGACACUAACCACACUUUAUCAAAAGAUUACGGUGUUUUAAUUGAAGAAGAAGGUGUUGCUUUAAGAGGUAUUUUCUUAAUUGAUCCAAAAGGUAACUUAAGACAAUCAACCAUCAAUGAUUUACCAGUCGGUAGAAACGUUGAAGAAACCUACAGAUUAUUAGAAGCUUUCCAAUGGACUGAAGAACAUGGUGAAGUUUUACCAUGUAACUGGCAACCAGGUUCCGCCACCAUCAAACCAGGUGUCGAAGAAUCAAAAGAAUACUUUGCCAAAGCUAACAAAUAA